GGGGGGGAGUUCUAGGCUUUCACCAGUUCGAUAGUCUAAAUCUAUUUGAACAAUAGUUUUUGUAAGUAAAAGGACGCAGAUUUGAGUUGGAUUACGAGUACAGCAGAGACUUUAAUUUCAAUGCUUGCAUUGCAUGGUGAUGGUCUGAAUGUCAAAAUGAACAAAUAGCACUAAAAUUGAGUCAAAUUACUCAAAAGAUGCCUCAUGGAACUUAUUAUUAUGGUAAAGAUUGAGAGAUAAUACUUCACAAAAAUGGCAGGCGAAAAAAGUGCCUCUUCAGAUGUACAAGCUAAACUUUGUCGAGAUAUCAUCAGGUGUGCUAAUUUUGCAGCCUUAAAACACAAAGAUCAAAGAAGGAAAGAUGAGAUUCAGACGCCUUAUGUUAAUCAUGUCAUUGGUGUAGCCCAUAUCUUAACCAAUGAAGCUGGAAUAUCCGAUAUUUCUGUUAUACAGGCUGCUUUAUUACAUGACACUAUAGAAGACACAGGGACAAGCUUUUAUGAACUUCAAGCUGAAUUUGGUGAAGAUGUUGCAAAUCUAGUUAAAGAAGUCACUGAUGAUAAGACAUUACCAAAAGAAGAAAGAAAACUUCAGCAAAUACUUAAUGCUCCAAAGUCAAGUUACAGAGCCAAGCUUGUGAAACUUGCUGAUAAACUGUAUAACUUGAGAGACUUGCGUCGAGCCACACCCGUUGGUUGGAGCAAAGAGAGAGUGGACGAGUAUUUCCGGUGGGCUUCUCGGGUAGUGGCAGGACUUAAAGGUACUAACAAGGCUCUAGAGGACAGUUUGAGGGACCUGUUUGCUGAAAGAGGAAUUACUAUAACAUAGUUCUAUUUUUAUCAACAUGCAUAUUUCACUUCAUGUUUUGAUUGUUGUUUAAUGGUUCACAUCAAUUAAUUUAUGUGUCUUACUGGUGACCUCAUGCCACAGCCUUUCAUUCCUUCAGUACUAGAAUGGUUCACUAUUGCAUGUAUGCAUUGGUUGAGUGUAUAAUCAUUCCACUCCUUUUGUGAUGUUCCAUUUUGAAGUCUUUGGUGUAUCCAGUGCACAGAAGAGGAACAUGUUGAUAAUCAAUGUACCAAUAUAUAAAAAAAGUUGUUGCACAUUUUAGUACUGCAGUAUGAAAUGUAUAGGCUCUUAAUGCUUGUAGAACACUGUAGUUUAGAUUACAACAAGGAUUUUUCAAGUGUCCUUGAUGAGGUUUAUUUUGUCCAUUUCAGUCUCUCCCAAUCUUCUUAAUUAAUUUCUUAUAUUUGUCUUUAGGUUCCAUUAUAUUACCCGCGUCCCCCCUCCCAUUACUAAAUUGCUUUCUUUUUGUUUUCUCUUUCUAUAUUUUGUUGCAUUAGAACUGUAAACUGGAUUCAUAAAUUUCAAAAUGCAGGCCUAUUGCUGUAUAAAAAGUCCGAGUAGUUGGACUUAACUGGUGAUCAUUUGACUCACAUAAUAGUAAAAAUGUUUCAAUAAAGCAAAAUAUCUAUGUUGUUAUUUAUGUCAUUACAUUUACAGCCUUGCUGUUGUGAUUUGUAAUAAAUGGGCUCUUUUUUUUUAUCAUUGACCCAGUUUUAAAUAUUCCUUUUAAACUUUUGUGAGGUAGCUUUAUUAUUUGUCACAACAUUAUGACCUGCUCAUUAUGAUAUAACCUGAGUUACCUUUUUUUUCUUUCUUAACAUUUAGAAAGAAAUAUAUUUGCAUAACUUCAAGCUAAAUGAACAGUAAAUUGAAUGUCUUCAUUUGUACAUAAUUAUCUGAAGGUUAAAAACAAGGAUUAAUGUUAAUGACAUUCUACACUCUGUUUUUCAAUUCAUUCAAAUAAGUGAUGAGUAUCAAUAUCCUAAACAUUCUUUGAUUUUGUUGGCUUACUUUUGUAAGUUUUUAACAGUCAAGUUUGCCUACUGAAUCUUACUUAUGAAACACUUUCUGUCUUGUGUGUUUUAGAACUGCUCAGAUGUUAAACAUACAAUUUUAAGUGCUAAUACUUCUUGAUCAUUGUCCAACAAAACCAGUACGGUAUAAUUCAAUUAAUCUCUGCCAUUCAAUAGCCCACAAGUGAGUGACUAAGUAGGUUGAUAUGUAAGCCAACCUCUAAGGUUAAAAUGUGUACCCCAGUACUUUAAUACAAUUAUUUCAAAACUAUUCCCUAUAUACUUCUUGAAUAGCUCACAGUUGCUUAGGAAUUGUUGCUCUUUAUAAAGCUCUUUAACAUUAUUACUAUCUAUAAAUAUCAUGUUGUGAUUAUCUUGUUUGAUGUUGUCAUUUGAAAUAGUUUCUUGAAGUGUUGAUGUCAUUGAAUGUUAUGUUUGUUCUCCAAAUAAUUUGAUUUGUGAUUUGGUUCUUGAUGUAUUGUAACUUAAGUCAAUGAGCCUCAAUGUUGAUGAUUCACAGUAUUACUGAUACAGCACUGGUAAUUAGAUAUCUUAAUUCAGCAUUCAAUUUACAGUAAACAAAUAUAUUUGAUGUGAGUAUUAUAACUAGGAUUGUGAAUAAUUAAAUAUUCCUUUUUAAAAUCCACUAAUGUAUGUGUGGCAAAAAAAAUCCCAACUCAUCUCAUACUGUUUAAAGUGAAUCAUAGCAAGUGCAAUUUGUGGAGGUAAUAGCUGAAAGUUAUGAUAUGAAUUUAUAUUAAAAUGUUGAAAAUAAAAUUUAGUUAAUAAAAAAAAACACUAUUUUACUA